UAAAGGAAAAAGGUUCUCCUCCUCAUACUCAUACAAACACACACAGCGAGAGCGAGCGAGAGAGAGAGAGAGAGAGAGCGCUAUAUGUAAAUGCAAAGUGACUCUGAAACUGACUCUCUCAUGGUGUUCGAGUCUCAGAUCUUGAGCGAACCCUAGCUUUUAACCCGUACUCAAUACACACUUUUUUGCGGCCAUUUUCGUUUCUCUCGAAAGAUUUCGAUUUUCCUUACACCAUUUCCUCAAGAAUUGCUCUCGUUCUUCCAAGAAACGGCACCGUUUUUCGGCCUCAGCUCCGUUCCGAUCCAUUUCUGGCUUCGUUUCGCCGAAAUCCCGCCGGAGUUGGUAGAAUUUCUCGUUCUUGCUCAUCGGAAUCUGUGAUUUCCGGUUCGUUUUCCGAACCGCAUUAUUCUGUACCGUUCGAACCGCUCGCAGUUUUUCGUUGCGGCAGUGUUUGGAUUUUUUUUUUUUUGGUUGAGAAAGAGAGAGAGAGAGAGAGAGAGAGAGAGAGAGAGAGAGAGAGAGUUUGAUUUGGAUUUUGGAUUGGAGUUCGGUUUCGGAUUGGUGAGGAAGAGGAUUGGCUAGGGUUUUGUUGGUGAUGAAGGAGAAAGUCACUGUGUAGUGGCAUUGCCUGUAAAUAUGGAUGAUAGAGGAGGGUCAUUUGUAGCGGUGAGGAGGAUUUCACAAGGCCUGGAGCGAGGCAAUACAUGUCAUUCAACUUCUGCUGAAGUUGUAGCAGGAUCAGCAGCAUGGCUUGGAAGAGGUCUUUCUUGUGUGUGCGCACAGAGAAGAGAAAACGAUGCUCGUCCCUCAUUUGAUUUAACCCCUGCCCAGGAGGAAUGCUUGCAGAGGCUACAGAACCGUAUAGAUGUUGCCUAUGAUAGUUCAAUCCCUGAGCACCAGGAAGCUUUAAGAGCUUUAUGGAAUGCUGCCUUUCCUGAAGAGGAACUUCGUGGUUUAAUAUCUGAACAGUGGAAAGAUAUGGGUUGGCAAGGCAAGGAUCCAUCAACAGAUUUUAGGGGUGGUGGUUUCAUAUCAUUGGAGAAUUUGUUGUUCUUUGCGAAGAAUUUUCCGAAAUCCUUCCAAGAUCUUCUCCGAAAGCAGGAAGGUGAUCGGUCAGUGUGGGAAUACCCAUUUGCUGUAGCUGGUGUGAAUAUCACAUUCAUGCUUAUACAGAUGCUUGAUCUGGAAUCAGAUAACAGUGUAUUUAACUGUACAGUCAAACCGCGGACACUUGUGGGAGCAAAUUUUUUGAAGUUUCUUGCAGAAAAUGAAUCGGCGUUUGAUCUUCUCUAUUGCAUCACGUUCAAGCUAAUGGAUCAACAAUGGCUUAAUAUGCGUGCAUCAUAUAUGGAUUUCAAUACGGUGAUGAAAUCCACACGGCGUCAGCUGGAAAAAGAGUUGCUUGAGUUGCUUGAAGACAUCACACGGCUGGAAGACUUGCCGUCAUACAGCCUUCUUACCCGAUAGUAUAGCUCCUAGAUUUUAACACGAUGGCUUGUAACAGCAUCAUACAUGUCGUCACUGGAGACACUGUUGUUUUUAGCUAGAUGGUGUUUGUAUAUGAUACGGUGCUCCUCAUUUUAAUACUGCUUGCUCACAAGAGAGAUUGUUACCUUUUGAUUUCUCAAAAAAAGAGGGUUUCUUGUAGUUUGUAAGGCUGAGACAACUACGAAGUAUGAUUUCAAUCAGCUGGUUUAAUUACUGCAGUUAAUUUUUUUUAGGCGAAGAGCAUAGCAUUUCGCUCACGCUACUGCAAAUUCAAAAUGUAGGUAUGGUACCAACGUGGGGUUUUGGUUUGGGUAUAAAAUGUUUUUCUGAAGAUUUUACUGGAUAAA